AUGGCGGAGGAGCGUCGGCCGAAGCAGUGCUCGGUCGUCCUGCCCACGGAGUCCAUGAAGGCCAUGGCCGAGUCUAUGGGCGUCGGGCAGCUGCAGGAGGAAAGCUGCGUCGCCCUGAGUGAAGAAGUCAGCUACAGGAUAAAGGAAAUCGCUCAGGACGCUCUCAAAUUCAUGCAUCACGGGAAGAGACGUAAACUAACCACGAGCGACAUCGAUAACGCUCUCAAACUAAAAAACGUGGAGCCUCUGUUCGGCUUCCAGUCGCAGGAGUUCAUCCCUUUCCGCUUCGCCAGCGGCGGCGGCAGAGAGCUUCACUUCUACGAGGAGAAGGAAGUAGACCUCAGUGACAUCAUCAACACGCCGCUGCCCAGAGUUCCUCUAGACGUGUCUCUGAAAGCUCACUGGUUAAGUAUCGACGGCGUGCAGCCUGCGAUUCCAGAGAAUCCUCCACCAGCCCCGAAAGAGCAACAGAAGAUCGAGUCAACAGAACCGCUCAAAGUCGUCAAACCCGGUCAGGAGGAGGACGGUGCGAUCCAAGGCAAGGGUCAGGGAGCGACGGCUGCCGAUGGCAAAGGAAAGGAGAAAGGUCCGAUCAAGCUGAAGCCACGCAGCACGCACGAGCUGUCUGUGGAGCAGCAGCUCUACUACAAGGAGAUCACAGAAGCAUGUGUCGGCUCCUGUGAAGCCAAGAGAGCUGAAGCUCUGCAGAGCAUCGCCACAGAUCCUGGACUCUAUCAGAUGCUUCCGAGAUUCAGCACGUUUAUUUCUGAAGGAGUUCGCGUGAACGUCGUGCAGAACAACCUCGCCCUGCUGAUUUAUCUCAUGCGGAUGGUCAAAGCUCUGAUGGACAACCCGACGCUGUAUUUGGAGAAAUACCUGCACGAGCUCAUCCCGGCCGUGGUGACGUGCAUCGUGAGUAAGCAGCUCUGUUUGCGACCAGAUGUCGACAACCACUGGGCUCUGCGAGACUUUGCCGCUCGCCUCAUGGCCCAAAGCUGCAAAACCUUCAGCACCACGACCAACAACAUCCAGUCCCGCAUCACGAAGACUUUUACCAAGAGUUGGUUGGACGAUAAAACUCAGUGGACGACGCGUUACGGCUGCAUCGCUGGACUCGCUGAGCUCGGAGCUGACGUGAUAAAGACGUUGAUCCUUCCUCGGCUUUCUGUAGAGGGCGCUCGCAUCAAAGCAGUGAUGGAAGGAGCGGUGGUCUCCAACAUCGAUAAGAUCGGAGCCGACCACGUUCAGAGCCUCUUGCUGAAACACUGCGCGAGCGUCAUCGCAAAGAUCCGACCGCAGCCCGACAACGUGGAGCAGUAUCGCACAGACUACGGUUACCUCGGCCCGAUGCUUUGCUCCCACGUGAUGAAGGCCAGGACUCAGGCGGCGCUGCAAGCUCAGCAGGUCAACAGAACCACGCUGACGAUCACACAGCCUCGGCCCACCCUCACCGUCUCCCAGAGCGGGCUCAGCGGGUCGGCAGGACCUCGCACUCCCAGCAUCAUCAAGGUCCCGAGCUCCCUCACACUGAUGUCGCCUCGCCCGGGGACGCCGUCACAGCCGUCUCCCCCGGCGACAAAGUACAUCGUGAUGGCAACCAGCGCAGGAGCCGCCUCCACUCAGCAGGUCAUCACCAUCAGCUCUUCCCAGUCAGCCUCGCCGGUCACGAGCACCGUUCCCAGCGCCACCUCCACCUUGCAGCCGUUGGUCAAACUGGAGUCCGGCGGCGGCCCCGGACUGACGACUUCACGACCUCUGCAGAAAUACAUCGUGGUGUCUCUGCCGUCGUCCGCCUCGUCCUCUCUGGAGAGUAAGAGCUCCGUGUUACCGACCUCCAUCUCCUCCAAUCCACUCGAAGCGGCGAUGAAGCUCGACAGGUCCGAGUCUCCCGGAGCGAGCACGCAGUCGCCGCACUGAGACGGAGGUUUGAACCGGGUCGCUGCAGGUUUGUAUGGGCUGAACUUUAAGGGUUAAACUCUGGAGGGGAACAUCCGAACUCUGGACCGAUGAAGAGCAAACGUGAUGUUGUAAAUAUGUUAAUGCCCAAUGAAAACUGAGACUGACCUCUGUAAUGUUUCAGCUGAUAUCCAUGAUUCUAAUUCUUUUUUUACCCUAAAAUAAAUCAGAUUUUGUAUGAAAGCUUU